UCCCGCGACGAAACGCCAAGUUUCACGCGCGAAAUAGAGAAGGGUCGCCCCGAGGAGAAGCUCGAGGUGAUCGAGGAGAGGUCAGAUCAAAUUAUUAAGGAGUCUGAAAAGGUUCAGGACAAGAUAUCAUCGAUCGAGGAACAAACCGACCGUCUGGCAGAGACGUCGAAGAAGGUGGGGGAGCAGAUCAAUGGCGUGCUGGAUCACUCGAAGGCCAUCUUUGAGCAGUCCAAGGAGAUGGCUAAAGCUCAGGCAGCCCUCAAGGAAGGGCAAACGGAGAUGAGGGAGAAGAUGGACGCAGGCAUGGCGCGCGUCGAGGAGUCGUAUGAGAGCCUUGGUAAAGGGAUGGAUAACCUGAAAGAGGAGACAGGAUACGUUAAGAGGGAAAUAAAAAGUGUUGGCGACUCAAUGUCUUCAAAGAUGCAAGAUUUGCAGAGCAAGGCUGAUGAUAUUGGGAGUGUGGCUGGCAAGUCAUUGGAGAAUCAGAUGCAGCUGCUGGAUCGUCAGAGCCGGACCAUGGAAGGAUUGAAUAAUCUCCACAGCUUUCAAGCAAAAGCUCUUGAAGCAAGCAGGGAAACAGUUGAGAAACUUGCGCAGUUUGGCCAACGCCAGCAGGAAGAGCUAUUGGCCCGGCAAGAACAGAUCCGGCAAGCCCACGAUCAUCUCAUCCAAAACUCGCACUCAAUACUGGAAGCACAGGAAGAGUUCAGAGCAAAGCAGGCCAACAUUUUUGCCGCUCUGGAUAAACUGCACAUCCUGCACAACGCCAUCCUAGCUGAGUCUCGCUUCAUCAAGGCAUUCUUCUUCUACUGCUGCAUCGUGUUCCUCAUCUACAUGCUCACUAGUGCAAAGCAAACGUUCAGCAUCCGGGGCCAGCUCUACUUUGGUCUUUGCAUCACACUAGUCCUGGAGAUUGGGCUGAUCAAGAUCGGCGCCGACAACUCGGACAAGCAGUUCUGGGUCAUGUCCAAGGUGUUCUUGGUCAGAAUGCUGUUCCUCGGGGUCGCCACUGUCCAGAUCCUUCACUCUAUAUUCACCUACAGGGACUACGAGGCGCUGAACCACCGGCUCCUCCAGACGCUGGUGGAGAAAGUCCGGGCGCUGGAGAAGAACGCCGGCGGGAGGGCGCAGCUGCCGUACGACACGGAGGAGAGCGAGGGGAGCCUGAUGGAUUACUCGUGGGUCUUCGACGAGCUGGCGGACGAGGUGGACAGCAAGGUGGAUCCGAGCUACGAGGUCGUGUUGCCGGAGGUCGGCGAGAACUCCAUCGCAACGUUGGUGGGCCGGAGGUACAAUCUGCGGUCGAAUGUCCUCCAUCUUAGUAGUUUUUGUGUUGGGAGGAGGCCUCUUGUCUUAGGUGCCAAAUGA